AUGGACGACACAACGAAGAAACACUCGAUCGAACACUUUGAGAUUGCACCAGAGCCAGGCUCUGAUACUGGUGUUUUCAUUGAUCCCGUUGCUGAGAAGAAGCUGUUGCGAAAGGUCGAUCUCAGGAUUCUGCCACCAUUGACUGUGUUGUUCCUGCUUGCGUUCCUGGACCGCACGAAUAUUGGCAAUGCAAAGAUCCAGGGUAUGACUGCUGAGUUGAAGAUGGGUGGGCAUGACUACAACAUUGCGCUGUUUGUGUUCUUUAUACCUUAUAUCUUGCUCGAAGUUCCGAGCAACAUUGUGUUGAAGAAGAUCUCACCAUCGCUUUGGUUGAGUUGGAUCAUGGUCCUUUGGGGCAUCGCGACUAUUGGGCAAGGACUAGUCAAGACCUUUGAAGGACUUGUUGCGAUGAGAGUCCUAGUUGGCAUUUUUGAGGCUGGGCUAUUUCCUGGCUGCGUCUACUUGAUCAGUAUGUACUACAAGAGGUACGAACUGCAGUGGAGGCUGUCUUUGUUCUUCUCUGCCAGUAUUCUCGCUGGUGGUUUUGGUGGUCUCCUUGCGUAUGCUCUAGCAAAGAUGGACGGCAUUGCUGGAUAUUCAGGUUGGAGAUGGAUCUUCAUCAUUGAAGGUAUCUUGACCACCGUUGUUGGCAUUCUCGCCAGAUUUUGGGUCUGCGACUGGCCUGAGACUGCAAAGUUUCUUACCGAGGAACGUCUGCUGCUGACCUCGCGGCUCCACGCCGACUCUGGUGAAGCCAUCAUGAAUAGAUUGGAUAAGGCUGCUACUCGUCGUAUCUUCACAGAUUGGAAAAUAUACUGCGGAGUCAUCAUGUAUCUGGGUAUCGUGAAUACCGGCUACUCAGGCUCCUUCUUCAUACCCACCAUUAUUCGCGAAAUGGGGUAUACCUCUGCCUCUGCGCAGAUCCGCUCUAUCCCUAUCUUUGUCGUUGCUGCAGUCUGCUCCAUUGCUGCGGCUUGGUUGACCGAUCGCCUUCGCCAUCGCUUCGCAUUCUGCAUCUUUGGCCUUGUGGUGGUAUCAAUUGGAUACAUCAUCCUGCUUUGUCAGACAGGCCUGUCGGUAGGCGUCAAAUACUUUGCUCUCUUCCUCGUCGUUCCCGGCGGCUAUAUCACUCAACCAAUCGUCCUAGCAUGGGUCCAAAACUGCAUGUCAGGCCACUACAAACGCUCCGUCGCCGCCGCCAUGACAGUCGGUAUUGGGAACAUCGGAGGCAUCGUUGCCUCAAACGUGUUCUUCGUAACAGAAGCGCCUCUAUACCGUACAGGCUAUGGUGUCGGUUUAGGCUUCUUGUGGAUCUGCGGGUUAGGCUGUGUCGUUCUUUUCGCUGGUGUCUUGUGGGAGAACAGAAAGAGAGAUAGAGGAGAAAGAGAUGAUAGGCUUGCUUGGCCGGAUGUUGAUAAUCUUGGAGAUGAUCAUCCUAGUUUUAGGUUCACGACUUAA